AUCCAUUCCAAAGUGCGCAAGAAAUAAAAAUCAUCGGGAUUCACUCAAUUGCCCCCAUGUGCAGGUCACAAUGAGACAAGUUGUGUAGGAAUAAAGCCACCGGGGACCGUUGACUGAAGUACGCAAUGCGGGAGUUGAUGAAAACGUACACCUAAAAUACCUGUCCCAAUGCCCCCGCAUCUCCAUCCGCGGUCGCGUUCGACCACAUCGCUCUUUACAGCGACGCUCCUAGCCUCGUUCCUAAUUGUCGGAAUGCCGCAUCUUUUCCCGUGUCCCGCGCCCCGACAUACGUUAGCGGACUCCGAAAUGAUAACGAUGCCGGACGGUCAACAGAGAAUACGAAGGCGUAGAAGAAAAGAAACAGGAAAAGUACCAGAAGCACCGGGAGAAUUGCUUUCCGAGCAGGCCCAUGAAUUGGAGGACGCUGCAGCAGAAUUCCGACAUAUGGACGCGGAGGCAAGAAGGCUCACGAAGAUGGGUAGAGAGUGCCCGGUCCCGAAGCCCAAGGGUAUCGUUGGCCAAAUUCUCGGCCUAGAUGCACGAAGGGAAAGUGGCGGCGGAGCCGAUUUUAGAAAAUUAGAUGCUCCGCCCAGAGGAAACGACGGAUGACCAAGGCCCAUUGAUGCGAAGGCCGUCGACUUUUAACGGCCAUCCUAUGUACAUUAUCAAUUUCCCAGUUUAUACGCGGCAUGAGAUUGGAGUUAUUGCAAUAUCAUAUUUGGGGCGUGUAACCCGACUGAUCUUGGGAAGGACGUUGCACGUUUAUAGUCGGAUUCUUUUUAUACGCUGAUUUAGGACGGCACAAUGUUGGACAAGGAAGAUGAUAUCUGGUGGUUGAGCCUGUAUCAUCUAUUGCUAUCGUGGCUAGAGAGCCCCGAUAUAUGUACUUUAUAGAUGCGGUUACGGCGUAGCAAUCUGUGUGAACAAGGGACUAAACCACUCCAUAUUCCA